AUGGCCGCCCCAACAGUAUUCGCACGUACCGCCAUAGAAAUACCCUCCAGCGGAAUCUGCCUCCACGGUUUCCUCCACCUCCCCACCACUCCCGGCCCCUGCCCCCUCGCAAUCCUGGUCCAUGGCUUCGGCGGCCUCAAAGAAUGGACUUUACCAGAUCUCGCUACCUCCCUCUCGGCCGCGGGCAUAGCAGCCCUAUACUUCGAUCCCCGCAACUUUGGCGAUAGUGAGGGCCAGCCGCGAGAAGAGGUCGACCAUCUAGGCCGUCUCACGGAUCUGCAAAAUGCGAUCGCCUAUGCCACGACGUCCCCGGAGAUUGAUGCGGAGAGAAUCGGGCUCUGGGGGACUAGCCUUGGAGGACGAGAUGUGCUCGCGAUCGCAGCGGUGGAUCGACGAGUGAAGGCCGUGGUUGCGCAGACGCCGGUUGUGCAUUGGGUUGAGCUGUCCGGCGCGAGAAUGGCUGGGUAUGGCGUUGAUCUUGAGAAGUUCCGAAAGGAGCUGGCGGAAGAUCGCAAGCUGAGGCUGCUGGGUGGGAAGGCGACAUAUGUGCCGUUCGCCAGGGAAUGGGACAAGCCGAAGCAUGAGAUGUUGGAGACGUUGAGUGAGGAGGAGAAGAGGAAUUAUACUGGAAUGGUGACGCUGCAGAGCUAUGCACCUACGGUUUUGGCUGAUAUUACUCCGCUGAUCAAGCAAUUAGGACCGACACCGGUUCGGUUCAUACUUGCGAAGGAGGAUCCUGUGCCAGGCCAGCGGGAUGCGUUUGAAGCAGCGCAGGAGCCAAAGUCGCUAGUCGAGGUUGAGGGUCAUCACUUCUCUGUUUACACAACAUCGAAGGGCCCUGCUAUUGCUGCAGCAGUGGAGUGGUUUGCAGAUCAGCUAACGCCACAGAGCAGGUUUUCCAUUCCCGCCGUGUAUGGCCAGCCGACAGUGGUCAACUUGAGUCUACAUCAGGUCCCCGUGAAGUCCGAGAGCCGUGAUGUCCGUAUUGCCUGUACGAAGCGGUCUGUCAUCGGCACUCUCCGUAGCAGCGCAUGGGUCCACAUAACGCAGGUCCACCAGAACCCCAUGGGACCGGAAGCAAGUCUCCAAAGUCCAGAAGAGUCGAAAGUCCGGAGAGCCAGAAACUUACCGUGCCAAAACCAGCCUCCAGCGGACAAUGGUCGCCGCCGCUGGCUCAAGCACCCAUAUAACACUACCCACCAGCAGCUGCAUGUUCACCCACAGUAG